GUAUUUGCUGUGCAGUCUCACAGAUGUUAAUAAUAUGUCUACAACCGGCGAUUGAAGCCAAGGAUUUCUGUUAGGAGACCGCAAGGAUAAUGGCCGAAUGCUUUUAGUUGGCAACUAUGGCCCUUAAGAGCAUGCGCAUUCGAUGCAAUGCUUCCUGUGUGUUAUUAUAAUUCCCGGGAAUUUCAGCAUCCAGCUAUGCAGCUGGACCAUGCCCUGGUCCAGAGGCCACCGUUAACUUGCAGCCGCUCGGUUUGCCAGUUGAACACAUCAGCAUUGGCAUAUAGGAACUUGUCUCAAAUCUGCGCGACUUCAUCGUGCGGCUGUGGAGCGAACUUAAGAGCCACUCGUUGCCUCGCGGCCAGUGGUGCAGCAGCCUGGGGCGGCACGCCGUACCGCCCGCAGGGCUCCCCACGGCGGCCGGGGCAAUUCGCGCAAGCUGAUCCAACUCCUCCAACACCCCCACACUCUUCUUCCCUAACAAACCAUCGUCUAGCCGAUGGACAGCGGUCCAUUCGUAGCAACACCGAGGAAAGCGUUCAUGCAGCUCCGGGCGCUGCAGAGCCGCGUCAGGACCAGCAGCAGCUCGGGUUACGCCCGGGGCAGCCGGUUCUAGCAGCAGCACCCAAGGGCCACCAAUUGACACCAGGAGCAGGCACGAUCGUGCCAUCAGUGCGGCGUCCCUCGGAUCUGCCAACCAAGGCACGCCAGCCCAGAUCUGUACGACAAGUAUCCAGCACAUCGCGUGCUGCAGCUUUGUCACCUCCCCCUCCCUCUCCCGCGUCGUCGACCUCCUCUUUUGCGGAUGUUGACACACUGGUUCGGGCUAUAGCAAGCAGAGCUUUGCAGCAGCCCUCGAGCCACAGCACCAAUCUUCACCACCCCAGCAGCCACGCCCAGAGCGGUCAGGCGCACCCGGCCGCUGUCCCCCUGCUUAGCCAUGCGAAAACCGCUACUGCAGCCGUCCUGGCUUCCCACUCCGCCUCGCAGCUGCUUGCGGCAUUGGACCGCUUGCCUGAUGCUGCAAGCACCAACACACCAGCCGCCGCUAGCUUCGCCAACCCCGCUGCUGAUGCCACGGCCACCACCACCGCUGCCACCGUCGCCGGCAGAUCCGAGGGCGGCUUGGGUUUAGCUGGAGUCCUGCUGGGCCUGAUGUCCGCCAUUGCGCCCGCAUCACCGCUGGCGCCCUUAGCAGCCACGGUAGCAGCGCCGUCGCUGGCUGCAAGUACAACGGCAGGCACAAGUAGCGCCACCACGACCGCUGCCACCGCCGCUGUCGCCACGAGCCCGACCAGGAGUGACGCCCCUCCCUCUCCAGUAGCACAAGCAACAGCAGCAGCAGCAGCUCCCAUGGCUGCUCCAUCAUGUACCUCCGAGCCGCUCAUGGGACCCCCUCUGCCGCUGACGGCGCGCGGCCCGGCGGCGGCAGCACUCAUGUGCGCCGCAGCGGGGGUGGUGCUGCCGCCUUGGGCCGCUGGGCUGCUCCCUCCGGCCCCGCAGGCAGCAACAAGAGCAACAACCGCAACCGCAUUCACCUCCAGGUCGCCUUCCCCCACAACAGCGGUUGCAGCGGCGUCCAGUGCACCCCGACUGGUGCUCGAUCCUGCCCUGGAAUGGGCGCUCGGGGUGCUGAGUCACCGGGUUACCCCUGUGGAGCCGAGCGCCGCGGAGCUCUGGCUCGCCAACCGAACCCUGGCGGCGCAUUUGAGGACGCCGAUGCGACAGCCGGCGACCGCGGCGGCGGCGGCUGCAGGAGCAGCGGUGAAGCGAGUGGGGAGGCGGGCGGCGGCGGAGAUACCCUGGCCGCUGCUGCUGCCGUUGUUGGAGGCGGUGGGGAACAGGCUGCGGGCGCCAGCUGCUCUGGCACUGCUGCAAGGUAUUCUUCUUUUCCCUCCUACACCCGUCUACACGUGGCAAGGCCCUAGCAACACACAUCUGCUGUUGUUCGCGUCGCAGGCGGUGACUCGGCAGCUGCGUGCCGACUGGUGGGUGUCACUGCCGCCGCGGCAGCGGGAGGUGCUGCAUGUGACGCUGGGUGCACUGCUGCGGGCCGCACUGCGCAGGCCGGAGUCGGUGUCGCCCUCGGCCGCUGCGGGGCUGCUGGCUGUCAUGGCCCGCAUGCGGCUGCGCUCACCCGCCGCAUGCGCCCUGCUGGUAGGCAGGAUCACCGCAGCCACGGGCACUACCUACUCCUCCACCACCGCCAGCCGCCUUGGAGUUGCAGCCUCGCCGACUGCAACCACCACCGGUCCUGAAGCUGGGCAGCAACAGCAGCGGCAGGAAGAGCAGCGGCAGGAAGAGCAGCGGCAGGAAGAGCAGCGGCAAGAAGAGCAGCGGCAAGAAGAGCAGCGGCAAGAAGAGCAGCGGCAAGAAGAGCAGCAGGACGUCCGCGGCCAGCCUCGCCUCAGCCACCUCGAGCUGCAGCAGCAGCAGGAGGGGCAGGGGCAGGGGCCGCACCAACAGCAGCAGGAGGGGGUGCAGCUGCAGCCACAUGGUCACCCGCACGCCCCCACAGUCCGGCUGCAGUGUGUAGCCACGGCGCUGUCAGCGCUGGUGCGGCUGCGCAUACCGCAUGAGGGACUGCCGCGCAAGGCGCUCAGCCGGUUGUUGAGGCACACCGUGAAGUUCGCAGACGAGUGGACGCCCAGCCUUGCCGCGGCCCUGCUGGUCUGGCCCGCCAGCAUGAACUGCCGGCCACCCGGCGACUUCAUGCGUCGCUACACGCGCAUUCUGCUGGGGGAGCCGCAAGGUGUACGACACCCUUCUUACAAUUCGUUGCCAUACGACAAAAGCAACAGUAGUAACGGUAGCAGCACCAGCAGCAGUAGCAGCGGCGGCGGCGUUGGCGAUACAGUACAUAGCCAACCGUGUACGGGCAGCCUGUUAUCACGCAUGCCAGGACGCUACCUGAUGGCAAUGCUAGAGGCGCUCGUCCAGAUGUACGACGGACUUCCUCCUUUGCUCGUCCAAGAAGCCCCAGCUGACCAGAGCCCUCCCCGGGAGGGACCUCCGCUUGAGCUCACGCACGCCCUGUGCGGCGCACUCCUGGGCCGCCUGCGACAGCUGCCCCGCCAGCAGCUCCUCCGCCUGCCGCUGCUGCUGACGCGACUGGGGCACUCGCUGGGGCACGAUCCCGCAUUCCUCCGCACCCGUGUGCAUGGCGGCAUUGGAGCCCCCAGUGCUGACUGGGCCCAGACGUACCUGAACCGUGCGCGGGAAGGGCUGCAGGCAUGCGAUGCGGUGGACGUGUUGUUGCUGCUGCGCGGCCUGGCAGGGGGCGCUAAGGCGGCGGGGAAGGCGGCUGCGGCUGGGAGAAGAGCGACGGCGCGGAGGCAGGCAGCGGUGACGGGGGUUGUGGAAGCGGAGGCGGCGGAGGAGGAGGCGGAGGUGGCUUCACCGCUGGCGGUGUUGAUGGCGGGGGGCCUAACGGAGGCAGCGAUUCAGAGAUACGUGGCGCUGCUUCCCUCGGCCCCCCUGCACCACACCGUGUUUGUGCUUCAGAGCCUGGCGGUGCUGUGGAGCCACCGCAGCUGCACCCAGAUCCGCCACUCCAGCGGGGCGGAGCAAGGGACGCUUGCCGCGGAGGCUGCUGCUGCCGCUGCAGGCCCCUCCUCCGCCGCCACAACCGCAGGGAAGGCCCACGUCGCGGCCGUGCAUGAGGCGGUUGAACAACAUCAUGAGUAUGUUGUUGAAUCCGACUUCAGGGCGCGACGUCAAGCCGACAUGGCCUCAGAAAGGGAGUUCCUGUUGCAGCAACUGGACGAGCACGUAGCCAAGUGCCUGUCGUACCGGGGUGACGUCGUCCGUACGCACUUGCCGUACAACGAAAGCCAGAACGUUCUGCCGUACGGUGCGGGCCCGCAUGGCGCCGCCAACGGCAGCCGAGGAGGAGAGGCCCGUCACGGGGAGUCCCAUUCACGGCGAUCGAUGGCACAGCAUGGCGGGCGUACGGCUGGAGGGACACGUGUGUCGUACAGUAGCAGGGGAAGAGCUGCUGCUGCUGGUGAUGGUCUCGGUCGUGGAGGUGCCUCCUCCGCUUCUUCGGCUCGCCGGGCCGGCACUGCUGCCCCUGCUGCAGGUGAUGCAGCUUCUUCUGAGCCGCAGCGGUACUCGCGGGGCCAGCUUGUGGUGAAGCUCCUCAUCUCAUACGCCGCGCUGCGCCACGCCCCACCGCCCCACCUGCAAGCGCUGUUAGAGGCCGUACUGCUGGCAUGUGUGCCGUACACCACCUCGCGCACCGCCACGUACGGCAAGCUCCACCAGCGGUUACAGGAGCCCCACCAGCACCAACCGCACCACCCGCAAUAUUGGGUCGCCGGUCUGCCUCCAGCCGGCAACACCACUACACUGGCCCGGCCCACUUCCGCCACAGCACCAGCGCCGCUCCUAGCGCCCGCCGCACCCGCCCCUGCCGCUGCCGCUGCCGCUGCUGCCUCAGCCUCGGGAGCCCUGCCGCUGCGCACUGCGGACUGGGUGCGGGUGCGUGGCGUGUAUGCGGCGCUGGGGUUGACUCCCGGGGGCCGGCUGCGGGUGGCGUUGCUGACGUUGACUUGAUGCACUGUGCGGCGUGUGUGUUGAUAUGAGGAGUUCGGGGGCGCGUUUGCGCAUGCCAUGUGAAACGGAUGCAUUGUGGUGCCAUGCAUGGGUGUACGGAGAUCGGGAGAUGAAUGGCUGAAGCAGCAGCUGGGACGUGGGGAUAAGGAACGGGGCGUGUCUAGGGUUUUGUCUUAGAAUGAUAGCAGGGAAGAGGAGCCUGGCUUGGUAGAAAUGGAGAGGCAGAGAGCGUAUGUGAUUCGGCGUGCUGAGGUAGGCCUUGUGAGAGAGGCGCUGCGGUGCUUGAGCGAGUGCAGGAGAGUAGGGAGGAGCGCAAGCAUGACGACUUGACGAGAGGAGGAAGGGGGAGGAGGAAGGGGCGACCGAAUACUGAUGCGCCGCUGCUGAGAAGGAGGUGUAUCAAGGAGCGUAUAACCUCGUUUUGGUGAUCGAGGGCGUGGGAGGAGGGUGAGCACACGGCACGUUGGCGCGAGGGGGUGAGCUGAGCAGGCAGGCAGCGGCAUGCAGGGGCGGGCCUCAGGACUGACACCUUUGACUCUGACAUGGAAGCGUAGAGGAGCCUUAGGCUUGGGGGCUGCGCACACGCUGAGGGAACGUUAGGCAUGUGUUGGGUGUUGCACCAAGAGUAGGGGAGGUGCUGGUGUGACGGAAAGCAUGGACCUCAUGCGUGACCCCUGGGCGGCCGUACAGUUCCUUCCAGCAAGGAACGGGCUUGGGCUCAUGUAAACCUUAUUGAAC